CACAAAGAUCAUGAAUUUCUUUUUACUGCUGCUGUUUUUUUUCGCGUUUUGGCAUCUGGGUUGUGAUUAAAAAGUACGUUUUUGGAAAAAAAGAAACAUCAAAAGCCGACCCGGGAUACACCAUAUGUACCUUCUAAAUUCUUACUUUUCUGUGAUUCUUGCAAUGCGAAAGCUUCUUUAUGCACUUACUUGUUUGCAGAAUUCUAAUGGAUUCAAACGAAAAAGGCGUGCGAGGAGGCGAAAUAGGCCUGUCGGAGAAGAAGCUUACAAAUGGCAGCGAAGUGGUAGUAGCAAUAACCAGCGAAAGAGAAGAGAAUGGAGUAUCAUCGUUAAAAGAUCAAGAGACUUCGUUUCCGAAGCAGGGCAAUGUAUAUUUGCAGAACAGAGUAUCAGCGUCGCCGCCGGUGAGCUGUUCUUCGCCGGAGAUUGCCCGGUUCAGCCCCAGCCCCAAUAAGCCUCCCGUAGUCCCCAGAGCAGAGUCACUAACCCGACGGAGAUCGCUGGUGAGGUUGGCAUUCUCAAAACCCAAGUCGAGAUUUGGGGAGCAGCCUAUAGACCCGAGUUUGUUUGAGGAAAAUGAACAAACACUGCUUGAACAAGAUGGUAACACGUACACUGCUAGUUCACCUUUUAGGAACUUGUCCAACAAGUCGUCCCCCAACAAUAACAAAGGGUCAGAGGUUAGUAGAACGAUUUCGAUCACUCCGAAGACACCGUUGAUGGCGUCUCCGGGGCGGAAAGGGGAGGAAGAAGCUGAGGAGAUUUACAGAAGGGUUAAUAAGAAAUUGAGUGAGAAGCAUAGGAGGGUGAAGGCUAAGGUUUUGAUUGAGUGGGUUGCGUUUGUGUCCAUUAUGGGGUGCCUUGUGGCUAGUUUAUGUGUUCCCAGAUUGGAACAGGUCAUGAUAUGGGGUUUGGAGAUUUGGAAAUGGUGUGUGUUGGUGAUGGUGAUCUUUUGUGGGAUGUUGUUUACAAGUUGGUUUAUUCAUAUUGUUGUGUUUAUCAUUGAAAGGAACUUUUUGCUUAGGAAGAAGGUUCUGUAUUUUGUUCAUGGCUUGAAAAAGAGUGUUCAGGUCUUCAUUUGGCUCGGUUUAGUCCUUCUAAGUUGGGUUUUGUUGUUCGACAAUGGGGUUGAGCGAUCCAAAACGGCUGAAAAAAUUCUGAAUUUUGUUAGUUGGACGCUGGUUUCGCUCCUUAUUGGGGCGUUCCUUUGGCUGUUGAAGACUUUAUUGCUGAAAAUCUUAGCAUCUAAUUUUCAUGUCAACACGUUCUUUGAUAGGGUUCAAGACUCUAUCUUCCAUCAGUACGUCCUUAAGAUCCUUUCAGGGCCUCCUGUUGUUGAGUUGGCUCAGAGGGUUGGGAGAGCACAGAGCAGUGGUCAGUUGAGCUUUGUGAGUACAAAGAGUAAAGAUGUUGGGAAGGAAAAAGAGGUUAUUGAUAUGGCGAAGCUUCAUGAUAUGAAGCGAGAUAAGGUUUCGGCUUGGACCAUGAAGUUGUUGAUUGAUGUGGCGAGCUCGGGGCUCUCCACAAUCUCUAAUACCCUUGAUGAAAGUGUUAAUGAUGGAGCAGAACAGGCGGAUAAGGAGAUCACUAAUGAGAUGGAAGCCAUGGCCGCUGCUUAUCACAUUUUCAGGAAUGUUGCCCAGCCUGGUUUCAAGUACAUUGAUGAGGAUGACCUGUUGAGAUUCAUGACGAGGGAAGAGGUGGAGCGUGUAUUUUCCUUGUUUGAAGGGUUAGAGACCAGACAAAUUGACAGGAAAACUCUGACUGACUGGGUGGUAAAUGUUUACAAAGGUCGCAAAGCACUAGCACAUGCUUUAACUGACACCAAAACUGCUGUUAAGCAAUUGAACAAACUUGUGACUGGGAUCUUGAUUGUUGUGGUUAUCGUUGUGUGGCUUCUUUUGAUGGAAAUUGCAACGACGAAGUUGCUUGUCUUACUCUCUUCACAGCUUGUUGUAGCAGCAUUUAUGUUUGGAAACACCUGCAAGACUAUAUUUGAAGCCAUCAUUUUUGUAUUUGUGAUGCAUCCAUUUGAUGUUGGUGAUCGUUGUGUAAUUGAUGGCGUUCAGAUGAUAGUUGAAGAGAUGAACAUCUUCACAACGGUCUUCUUGAGAUAUGAUAAUGAGAAGAUAUACUAUCCAAAUACCGUCCUAGCUACCAAACCCAUCAGCAACUUUUAUAGAAGCCCGGAUAUGGGUGAUUCUGUGGAGUUCUCUAUAGAUUUCAUGACACCAGUGGAAAGGAUCGCAGCUCUAAAGGAUAGAAUAAAGAAGUAUCUUGAGAAAAAUCCCCAACACUGGCAUCCUAGCCAUAGUGUGGUGGUGAAGGACAUUGAGAAUGUGAAUAAGAUAAAGAUGGCUGUAUAUUUUAAUCACACAAUGAAUUUUCAAAACUUUGGAGAGAAAACGAGGCGAAGAUCUGAGUUAGUCAUAGAGUUGAAGAGACUUUUUGAAGAGCUAAAUAUCAAAUAUAAUCUCCUGCCACAAGAAGUUCGACUAAGCUCUGUCGGGUCAGCUGCAUCAAGCAUGCUGCCCAGAUAACUGGAUCAAUAUACAUCUGGUAAUCGGGAAGUAUGUUUCCUUUCUUCCUUGCUACUCUAAUGAAUCUAGCUUGCUGCACGGAGAUUCACGUUGCUUAUAUUUUUUGUGAAUGUUGAAGAGUUCUGUUAUUGUUCUUUUAAUCUUCUGUGCUCAUUGGCUUGCCAUAUCAGGAUCCAUGAAUUUGGUUAAAAAAAUCUAUUUAUUUAUUUUAUUCUUAUAGGUGGUUACUUGCUGAAUAUUAGAGACUUAACAGUAUUGUAUGUUUUUCCAUCCACUUGUGGGGUUUGAGACAGAAAUCUCACUUUGUGCCAGGGAGGGGCUGGGCAAUCCAGUGGCCUCCUGCCCACCAGGAUGAGGCAGUGGGAUUUGCAUUGUGGAAUUGGCAUCGUUUUGGAGACCAUGUAUGUGAACAUUUAUACGAAUGUUAUGGGCAAAAAAGUAGCCUAAAAUGGAAAAGAAUGACCUGAAUAUGACCUGAAUAAGUUGAGUUUGUUUCUUGGAUUCCUCUGAACAAUGAGGUGGCGUUUGGUCCAUAACUUCUUUCAAGAUUUUCAGAAAUUGAUAUCCAUGGCAUCCCAUCCUAUGCUUGUUUGAGCAUGAGAAUCUAAUGUGAUUGGAAUGUUCGCAUUCCUGGAAAUGUAAGAAUUCUCACAAACCAUGGGCAUCGUACCCCCACCCUCCCCUAUGGGUGCUUCAUGGGAAUCCCCAUGGAAUCCUACCUUUUGGGCCAAUUUACGGUCACUAUUUUGUUAGGUUGGACAACAAGGCCCCUGUUAUGUAUUAUUAUCGCACUCUAUUAUUAUAUUUAAAAUAUUAAAUUAUUAUAUUAUAAUAAUAGAUAUGACUAUAAAUAUUUAGACUCUCAAAUAUACAGGUGAUGUGUAAGAGAACUGUUAAAAAACAGUGAUGGUUUAGAUUUAAUGAACUCCAUAUAGUUGACUCUAGAAUCUGAGAUGGAAAGAAGUUAGGUACCAAGGGUAACAUCAAACUUAGUAUCUCCGUCCUUUUUUCCCUUCUAUUUGAUCUCUCUCUCUGAUUAGGUUGUGUUAGAGAACUGUUGAAAAACAUGGAGGCAAUGUGUGGGAGUAUGGAUUUGGGACCUUGGAUUUAUAUUUGGGUGGAUUUGGAGAAUUUUCAAUAUAAUUUUAUAUUAUAUCCCUUCCCUGGACCCUGCAUAUGCAGGAUCUUCGUGCACCGGGCUGACUUUUUUUCUUUUUCUUUUUUUAUUUAUUCAAAUCCAAUACACGUCCAAAUCCAAGGGCUCCCCAAACAUAGGGUGAUAGUUUAGAUUUAAUAAACUUCAUACGAAGUCAACUUUGGAAUCUAAGAUGGAAAGAGGUUAGGUACCAAGAGUAACAUGCCAACCUCAGUAUCUCCUUCCUUUCUUGCUCUACUUGGUAUCCAUUAUGGGCCUUAGAUUUCAUGAAAGCAACACUUGUAAGAAAUGAGUUUAUUUUGGCCCAUAUCAUCAUAAAAACAAAAUGCUGAUCAUUUUUAGUUUAUGGAUUUUAAAGAGCAGGUGCUGCAAGAAAGCGAUGACGAUUUCUUUAUCAAGGAGGUCAAUGAUUCUCUAAACCGUGCUGCCAAGCUGCCUAUUUUGCCUGUAGCUCAUAGGAAGGGAAAUGAAGUAAUUUUCUGCAUGGCGGCCAUGCUUAUGUGAUGUUUCCUACAUUAUAAUAUCAUAGAUAUGUUUUUUUUUUUUUUUUACUGUCGUUUUCUAAUUAUAGUCAGUCUUCCCAUUUUUUAUUUCUUUUGGGGCUUAUUUAUUUAUUUUAACUAUGCUGAUAUGGUGUUACUUUCUUGAUAAUGUAGAAUUUUCUCGCUGAGAUGCACAAUUUGUGAUGCUCUGGGGGAUGUGUAUGGUUGUUGAAGGGGGCUAUUUCUAGCCAUCUUUGCAGCAUUGUCAUUUUAUUGCCGUUUAUAAAACUAUCACUUAUGUUUGAUUUGCUGAUGGAAUGGAAAUAGAAAAAAAAUUUAAAUGAGAA